CGGUUGUACGGUUUGGCUAUUUAUAGUAACAGACUGCGACUAGUGCAUGAGUUGCGUCCCUUUCCAUUUCGACAACGGCUACUUCCGGUGAGACGAUAUCGUUAAGAAAACAGUUCUCCAGUGCUCGCUUCUCACAGCUUCUCCAACCCGUUUUUAGAUUGAAACCCUUCCCUACAACAAGAGGCGACAAAGAAGCUCGGACGAGAUGGAAGGUCAUGGUGAACAGACAGGAUGGAUCAGGUCAGCUAUGGUCACCCAAGAAGGAUUCAAGGGUAUGCAGCCUACACUUUGUGGAUGGAAGACCAACACCAGAGAAUCCCUACCCAUCUUUAAACCUUGGCUAUGCUGAUACGGAGAGGAAAGUAAAGCGUCUCCUAUUCAGUGACCAGGUGAAUCUCCCCCCAGCCAAGAAGAAAAGAUGCCUCAUCAUGCCGUCUAUUGAAGUACCUCUCUCCAAGCCAGAUCUGGACCCGUUAGGUGGUGACCCCUCUGCAGAACAGUCCAGGGAUGCCACACGUGACCUGCCACCAUGCCUACUCACUGUUGUCUCAGUACACUGGACUUGGUUCACUGCGUUUCUCCUGCUGAUCCAGUGCUUGUGGAGGUUGGCGUGCAGAUACCAUGACCAAGCACGAGCCCUACACAAGCAAGUCCAGGGCCUCACUCUACUUCUGGCUGAAGAAAAAAGGAAGGUAGUUCGUCUUGUGGCUCAAGUGGAGAAGAUGAAAGCCGACAGCAAAGAUACUUCAUUCGCCUCGCAAUUUCUGAAGACUGAUGACGAUGUCAAAUUUUACACUGGUAUUGAGAAACUGUUUAAUGAAUUGUUGGAGUUUGUUGCCCCCUACAUUCAGAGACGAUGGCAUGGGACAAUAAGCUUGUUGAAGAGUGUCCGGCACUUUGCUGGACGACGUGGGCCAAAACCCCGACUUCGGACCUGUGACGAGUUUCUUAUGACUUUGAUGAGGUUGCGACUGGGACUACUAACCAAAGACUUAGCAGCACGAUUUCGGGUUUCUGCACCACUUUGUUCGAGGAUAUUUUUUUCAUGGAUCAGAGGAAUGUCAACAGUUUUAGGGACAUAAGUGUAUAUGCCAGACAUCGGGGAAAUAAGAGCAUCCAAACCUAAUCGUUUUCGUCAUCUUCCAGACAUCCAUUAAAUUAUCGACUGCACAGAAGUGUUUAUUGAAACUCCAAAGGAUCUCUAUCUCCAGGCUGCAACAUGGAGUGACUACAAGCACCACAACACACUGAAGAUACUGGUUGCUGUAGCCCCUAACAGUACCAUUGUCUUCGCAUCCAAAGCGUAUUGUGGUAGAGCUGGAGACAAGGCUGUUACACUCAACAGUGGAUAUUUGGACCAGGUGCCUCCCUAUUCUAUGCUGAUGGCUGAUAAAGGUUUCAAUAUUGCCAAUGAAUGUGCAGACAGGUGUUUAUCAAUACAUGUUCCGCCUGGAAGGAGAGGCCAGAGCCAGAUGACUUGUGCUUCAGUGCGGAAGACAAAACGAAUUGCAAACCUACGUAUUUUAGUAGAACAGGUGAUUAGGCAGAUAAAAACAUUCCGUCUGCUCAAGACUGAGCUUCCAAUCACUCUAGUGCCUCACAUAGAUGACAUUGUUACUGUUUGUUGUGCCCUUGUCAACUUUAAGAAGUCUGUUUAUAUGUCCUGAUAUAUCUUCCUGGUGUGUUGUACAUUUAUUGUAAAAAAAUUAUGAUCAGUUUAAAUUUGUUGGAUUUCCUAUUCCUAUCUAUUAAGUGGGGACAUGUGAGGCACAGUCGUCUAAGGCACCUCAAUUUGCUGUGCAGAUUAACAUCCAUAGGGACCACCAUAAACCUCGAUUCAAAUCCUUAUUCUCCCCGAAAAUGGUUUUAGGUUUGUUGGCACCAUUCCAGUGCUCAUGGGUUUCACCAAAGUCGUAACAACCGAGACCUGCAUCACGUAGGUUAAUGUAUGCCUAUAGCCGUGUUUUGUACAUGUCCUGUGCUUUACUCCAAAUUUAACAUUCUGUUCAUCUGUUUGGUGUAUCUCUCCACCCAUUGUAAUGUUGCAGGAUUUGAUUUAUGAUUUAGUGUUAUGGUAUGACAUUAUUAGUGCUAUGCGAGGAGUUAUGUCAAUUUUAAACAGAAGUGAGGGCGAGGGCAGGUGCAGUGACAUGUACAAUUGCGAAAUCGAUUGCGUUACAUUUUCACAUGACAAGUUCAAUGUGUAUGUUGUAUGACAAUGUAUUAUGCUCUCAUGAAUCCUAAAGUAGCCAACGUUG